AUGCAACCAUGCGGUAACAGUUCGUGGUGUUGCACUCAAUACUAUCCUACUGUCAACGCAGCAAACAAACGAAAGUCCAACCCAAAGGCUAACUUGUCUCUACCAAGAAGCAUGCGACAUAGUUACAGCGCGGGCGGGACCAUCUUCAACGACGGCCAUGUUUCUACCUUCUACUUCCCCAAUGUUUCGGGUUACGCUACAAGGGCCAUGAAGCGAGGCCGCUUCGUCACUAGCAUCUAUCAUGUACUCGCCUCAUCCACCUCCCUAUACAUCGCCGCGUCAGGUGUGGUUGUGAUUUGCUUUGACGUGCUGAAAAACAUAUUUCGGUUGACGCCUGCGAACAAGGCAUCGACAUCAUAA